AUGCUCUUCCGAGCGACGAACUUUGAGCUGUACCGCCACUUCGUUGCGGAGGGGGUGAGCGUGGUGGAGUGGCUGCCGGGGAUGUUUACAACGCUCCUCGCUGGCCGCCUGCACGAGGAGGACCUCCUGCGGCUGUGGGACGCAUACCUCGCAGACGCCCUCGAAUACCUCAGUUUUCCACUACACCCGUACGUGUGCCUCGCAAUACUCGCGGAGAUGACGGAGGUGCUGCUGGAGUGCGAGAAGUCUGGCAUUAUUGCACGGCUGCGGCACUUACCUCGCAUCAAGGCCGGAAGCAUCAUUCAGAAGGCCAUCUCGCUGAAAGAGUCGAUCUUCUCAAAGGGGCUCCUGUGA